CGCACACACACUGCACACAGGUACUGAUGGCUGGCGCGUCACCUGAGUCAGACACAGCGGCGUCUCUGUCCGGGCAGCUGACUCCUCGCUGACACCAACAGGGGAACUAUUUGGUGGAGACUAUACAGCCGCCGAGGCGUCCAUGUUGGAGCGGUUUAAAUGGCUGGACACGGAUUACCUCGAUGACACCAUGUUCCCAUGCGUAACAGCUGUCGGCAUGUUUGGAUAGGCGUAAAGAAGUCUGGGAGUUACUGGAAUACAUAAAACGGUUGGUAGCCCCCCCCCCCCCCAGCCAGCCACUUCCCUCGAGCGCGGUUAUGAGCGCAGAGGAGCAGGAGCGGCUGCGCCACCUCUUCAUCGCGUACGACGUGGACAACUCGGGGCGGAUCAAGAGAGACGGGUUCCUCACCAUCUGCACGGAGCGGCAGGUGCCCACGGCGGAGGCGGACCGGAUAUUUAACCGACUGGACGCGGACGGCGACGGCACCGUCACCCUGCCAGAGUUCAUCAGCGGCUUCCACGACCGCUUCGCAGACGACAUGGAUUCGGACGGCGCGGAUGUGUCCGUCGCCUGGGAGAACUUCGAGAUGCGACUGGGAGAGCAGGCCAGGUUCAUCCCCAGGAAUGAACAAGCAGCCACGUUGUACCAGAACAUCCGUCUGAUGGAGCCCCGGCUGAUUAAUCAGUUUGAGAAACUCAUCAUAAACUUCACUAAAGAGAUCAAACAGCAGAACUCAGAGAUGGAUAACCUGGCCCUCGCCAUCAAACGAGCACAAGACCAGGCGUCCAUGCAGCUCAGUGAAAUGGAAGAGGAGAUGGAUCAACGCAUUCAUGUUGCGGAGAGAAAAACACGAGAGCAGGAGAAAAGGCGAGCAGAGGCGGCGCUUGGUGAGUUACGGAGGAGUUAUGAAACUGAAGUGUGUGAGCUGCAGUGUAAGAUCCAGAAGAUGCAGAUGAUAGAAGAGAAGUACAAGGACAUCACCGUGAAAGACGAGAGUCCAGCGUUGAGGAAGAAGGUCAAUGAUCUAACACUGGAGAACCAGCGGUUGAAACAGGAGCUGUUGAAGUCUCAGACCAAAGUGGCGUGUCUGCGCAGUGAGAUGGACUCGCUGAAGACGGAGCUGACCGAUCAAAGCAUCUGCUCUGAACGAGACGAGGAGCUCAUGAAACACUUCUCUGAUGAGAGAGACGUCCUGGAGAGCCAGAUCGAGAUUCUGCAGUCGGCCAACAGGAAGCUGCAUGACAGCAACGAUGGCCUGAGGACGGCCUUGGAGAGGACCAGCAGGUCUAAUCACAACGGACCCUCAGAAGACUUAAAGGACCGAUGCAGAAUUAAAAGCAUCUGCUACACAUCCCCUUACGCACGAAUGGAUCGGUUCGGCCCUCGUAUGGAGGACUUCCCUGAGUACCCCCGCCGACCCAGCUGUGACAGUCUGGCCUUGGCCAUGUGUGACCCAGGCAUGAGGCGCAAGGACAGCAGCGAGUGCGAGGAGGAUAGCCUGCCUGAGCUCUACAUCGACAGCGGCCUGUCGACGCUCAGAGGUUCCCACGGAGGCUACGACUCAGAGCAGGAGGCAAAAGGUCCAGAAGAAGAGGAAGAGAAAGAGAUGGAGGAUAUUAGAGAGGAGCACGAGGACAAGGAAAGCAUGACGAGAGAAGACUCUGACACUGAGCCGGGAGAGACUCUGGACGGCGAGUCAGCAUUCGGGUCAGACAGCAGCUCAGUUUUGGAAUGGAAGCCAUCUGAAUCCGCCGGUGUGAUCGAACCCCCGGCCCCAACGAUACGAAAAGCCCUGAGUGCCAUCAGCGUUCAGAAGGAGGGCAGCAGCAGCCUAGACCUGGGCUACAUGACGUCCGAGAAGACCUACAGGAUCGUCCUGGCUGGAGAUGCCGCUGUGGGAAAGUCCAGUUUCCUGCUUCGCCUCUGCAAGAACGAAUUCAAAUUAAACUCCAGCGCUACGCUGGGAGUGGAUUUCCAGAUGAAGACUCUGAUUGUGGACGGAGAGCCUGUUUCACUACAACUAUGGGACACUGCAGGACAAGAGAGGUUUCGCAGCAUUGCAAAGUCAUAUUUCCGGCGGGCAGAUGGCGUGUUGCUGCUGUACGACGUCACCUGUGAGAGGAGCUUUCUUAAUGUCCGAGAGUGGGUGGACAUGAUCGAGCAGGAUGUGUGCCAGGAGGAUAUUCCCAUCAUGCUUGUGGGUAACAAGUGUGACCUGAGACAAGAUGGAGCAAACUGUGUUCCAACCAGCUAUGGAGAGAAACUGGCCAUGACAUACAACACUCUGUUCUGUGAAACUAGUGCCAAAGAGGGCUCCAACAUCCUCGAGGCGGUGCUGCACCUGGCCAGGCAAGUCACCAAACAGGCUGCAUUUGACGACAAAAGUCAAUAUCAGUCGCUGUCCAAAUUAGAUGCUCCCAGGAAGAAACCGAACUUCUCCUGCUGCACCUGAUGAAAUCCAUCAGAGCUUGACCAUACCGAUGAUUAAAGGACUAUAAUGAGAAAAAACUGGUAAAACCGGAAUGAGACAUCGUCUCUGCAGAAGAAAAGCAACAGGAACAAACCUUCGUCAUGAAUAAGCAACACAAUUAAACAUGUGGAUUAAGUGAGUAAACGAUCAUGGGAUCCCAGCAGAAUACUCACAACGUCUCACAUCUGUUCAUAUUUCUUUUUGUCGUUGAAGGUUAUUUAUAUAUGAUAUAUUGAGAUGUAUUUCAGCCACAACUCGGAGAACUGUGAGUUAUUUUAUGAAUUUUAAAGUCAGUGCAAACCUCUUGCCAUGUGAAAAGUUAUGUUUAUUUUAUAUUAUGCUAAUACAUUAUUAUGCUACUUGCAGAAGUUCCUUCCGCAUAUGGUUUGCACAGAUUUCUGGCACUUGUGAAGAUGCUCUAAGCAAAUCGUGAAAAGAGAAAGACUGAGUCUGAGAUGUGUGAGAAGGAUUUGAAAGUGAAGCCGGGUAUAUGAGCGUGAUUAUAAAGGGACAUAAGUAUGUGGCGCUGGCAAAUACCGGCAUGUGAGGACAGAUUCUAGCAUAAUGUAUUGAUAAGAAAAGAUUCUUAUCUGGUCAUGCUAUUAUUCGUGUCACUUUGAUAAUUACUCCGGAGAUCUGUUCUCACCAGUGCUGGUGUGAAAUGAUUGCAGCCUGUUUGUGACUGAAAAGAAAGAAGACAUUUGUUGUUUGCGCCACCCAGAAUGUCAAAGUGCAUCUCAAGUAAACCGCAUCAAUGGCCGACAUGGAGACACUACGAACGUUUUAUGUGUUCAUGUACAAUGAACCCUGAUGCAAUGUGUUACUGUCCGGUAUGAGACUUCAUUCUGAUGUCACAGUCCACCGUCUUUGUUCUAUUACCCCACAGUGUUACAUUUAUUUUCAUUUGACUUCCCACUGGGGAUGUCUGUCUGUUAUAUACGUUCAUGACUGGAGCUGAACAUAUAGCAGAUCAUUCCCAAUUUUCUCAAAUGUUUUGGAUAACUUGUGUCAUUUUAUUUCCUGGUAUGAGUAACUCAAAUUAGGUAAGCAUCAAAUUAUGUGGCAGGAAGCAGAGCCCUUAUUUGUAUGUCUUAUACAUGACUGUUUUUCCUUUUAAAUGUGUUCAUGCUAACCUGGGUAAUUUUCCCAAUGUUAUAAAUAAUGUAUUGUUGUUAGUUCUUGUGAUGAUGAUCAUGCUGCAAUGUAUAAGAGUCAAUAUGCUACAAUUCAGAUGCUCAAACAGCAAUCAAACAUUUCUUAAAUUGGGAUUGAGUA